AUGGACUCACUUUUCGUUAAUAAACAACCUCGCCUAACAUUUGAUCGAGUGAUCAACUGCAACUAUGUUCAACUUGUCAAAUGUUGUUUAUGCCAUGGUCUUGUUGUAGAUCCUGUCGGUUGUGCAAACUGUGAUAGAAUAACAUGUUCAGUUUGUAUUCAUAAUUUUCAUUCUACUCAAUCAGAACCGAAGUGCCCAUAUGGAUGUACAACAUAUAUUAAGAGCUCGUGUCCGAAACCAAACUCUAUCGUUCUCGAUACUCUGAAAAUAACCUGUCAGUAUAAGGCGAAUGGAUGUGAUGCAGUUCUAUCUUACAACGAUUAUACAAGUCACGAAAUCGAUUGCCAUUAUCAAUUACGAAACUGCCCGGGGUGCGAGCAGGACAUAAUAAAGAAAGAUUUUGAGCAACAUUGUGAUCAAUGUCCGUAUGUAUCAAUCGUAUGUGAUCAAUGUUCAAGUACAUUUCAGAGAAAAGAUACUGAUUCGCACAUAGUAGCUGUUUGUUUACGUGUCCAGUUACAUCAACAAAAUUCUCAAAUAGAAGAAUUGAAAAAUUCUACAAUACCACGACACGAAUCAGAAAUAUGCUUGAUGGGUAAGAAAGAAUACUCCAAGUUUCAAAUCAGAAUAAUUGACCGUGUGAUCAACAUCCUAAAUUUCAGAUGUUUGAAAUCCGCGUCAUUGCUAUUUGAUCGAGUUUUCUUGAUGGACUGGAUUCGAUUGAACCUCAAACGUUUGUCAACAAACGUUUGUUUAGAACAUUGUAUCGAUGAAUGCUUUUGCGCCGUGUUUCCAUCUUUGUCAACGAUUUCACCAUGUGCCGAGUAG